AUUUGCUAUACUUCGUAUCCACAGACUCAUUAGUACUAGAUCCUCAAAAAAUCAUCGGUGUGCCCAGCUCCAGAAGGACAAUGACCUUGGCUAGGUAGUUGAUAGGAGGUUGGUGUGCACGUGCCGACUAAGUGCAAUUGAAGAUGGAGGACAACACGCAAGGAGCAGGUAGUGGGGAGGGAAAUGUCGAAGAUAAUUAUGUCGCCAAUUCCGCAUCUCCCGAGAACAGUACUGCCUCGUCAGGCGUUCGAAAACGAAUAAGCAAAGCAUGUGAUCACUGCAACUCUGCCCGGAGGAAAUGUGAUGGCCAUCAACCCUGCAGCUACUGUCUACGAACGAGAAGUCGGUGUAGCUACAAACGGCAAGCAAAAAAGCGAGGCAAAACACCUGCUUCAGCAUCCAAGAAAUUAUCUGCGUCACAAACAGUGCGACCACCAUCCCAGACUCCUCUACAAGAACUAGCAACGACUUCUACAAUAGCGACAGAAGCCAGCCAGAUCGCAAAUCACGUGCAUGGUAUUUCCCAGGAAGUGCAACGAGAUAGAGAUGUUCAUAGUGUACCUACCGAUGAUCUUAACGAGAGUACAGUUGAAGGUUUUACAUUCUCUCCCCUAGUGGACGAUUAUCAAAUGUUCGACUUCGACCCUGGAUGGGGCAUCGAGGACUUUGGAGACGCAAUCGAGAAUGCAUCGCUAUUGAACCUUAAUGGGAGCACAAAUAUCCACGAAGGAAUGGUGAUGGGACCUUCUGAAAUGCUUCUGGAAUCUACGAAUCUUGAUCCAUCAAAUCAAUCUCGAAAGAAUGGUGCCCCACGAAUCAGCUCCAGCCAUCGAGUGACCUAUGGUAUACACUCUUUCAUGGCGGAUGAUGAAGGAGGGACCUGUUCAAUAAGAGAUACGAGCUCAGUGCCUUCACAAGUAUUGAACAAUACCCUCAAAAUCAGCAGAUCUGGUUCUUUGCCCAAGAUUCAGGGCGAUGGAACAACAUCUGAGCAGCAACGAUUGAACGGUACAUUACGUCACACAGCUAGUCUGCAGCAGGAAUCAAGUGGCAAUUCGACUAUUCAAUAUCCUGUUCUCGCAGACACUAUUCAUCUUUUGCGUCCCAUUAUGCCCGAUACAUUGUCUUUCGCCCUUCUUGAAGCAUAUUUCAAUACAUCACCGGUCACAAAUGCAUAUUUGCAGCCAUGCGUUCCACCAUCUGUCUACCGCAAAUUCUCCUUUCUUCGUACAAAUGAGCCCCGGCAGAGUAGUCAGGUUUUGCUUGUUAGUAUGCUUUGGUUAUCUGCUCAAACCGCUGAUAUUCCUCUGCUAAAUGCAAGCAUCGCAAGGAGGAAAUACGUGCGACGAAAAUUGCUAGAGUUGACUACCCGGUUAUUGAAGCCUCUCAACGAAGUCAGCCUUGAUGGCAAUCCUCCACGAAGACAGAAGCCGUCGUCAACAACUCAAAAUCAGACCGAAGAAGGUAUCUACUCAGAAGUCAAGCCGCGCAACAGCAUGAACGAUGGUUUGGAUGAGAUCAUGGCAUAUGUCCAUCUAGCAAUGGUUACUUCGGCCAGCGAAUUCAAAGGUGCGAGCUUGAGGUGGUGGAACAUAGCCUUUUCAUUGGCACGUGAGGCGAAGUUGUAUCAGGAGAUCUUGGAUCCUCUGCCAGAAUCACAAGGAAACGACGAUAGUGGAGGACUAUCACCAGAUUCUCCUCAGCGGGCAAGAUUACAGAGCUACCGCCAAGGACACGCCUUUGGAGAGCAUAGCAUCUUUGCAUCUCUAAUCAGCGAGGAAGGGAAGGAAGAAAGGCGAAGGGUCUGGUGGUUUCUUUAUGCUAUUGACAGACAGUUAUCCCUGUCCUACAACAAGCCACUAGCACUCCUAGACUCUGAGUGUCAACAUCUUCGGCGGCCAUGCAACGAUGCAUUGUGGCAAAGCGAUCAAAGCUUUGAAUUGAUCCAGUUGUCGGAUAUUGGCAAAGGCCCAUACUUUGAAUGUAAAGGCGCCUCGUUCUUUGGCUUCUUUUUGCCACUAGCAGCACUUCUUGGCGAGAUAGUCUACUUUGUUCAAGCACAGAACCACCCCCGCUUUGGCAUUUCUCAAAGUACUUUACUUGACUGGAAGCAAUGGGAGAAAGGAAUUUCCGACAGAUUACACUCUUAUGAGCACAGUCUUAAAUGUUUACUGGAGCUAGACCAGGUGCUCCCAGAUGCCGGUCUACCCAGUGGCAGCUAUCCGUCUCUCUCGCCGCAGUCUAUCGGUCAAGAAUCCCCAAUCCCACUCCAGAACCGCAUUUCCUAUGCCUAUGCAAAAGUCAACAUACACAUCUUACAUGUUCUCCUCGCCGGUAAAUGGGACGCCUUGGUUCUUCUAGAAGAAUCGAACACGUGGUAUUCAUCUCCAGCCUUCGUCGCCACGAUCGGUCACGUAGUGGAUGCUGCGAAAAGCGCCGAAUCGCUUCUGGACCUAGAUCCAGAUGCACAUUUCAUGCCGUUCUUUCUUGGAAUCUACUUGUUUCAGGGUUGCGUACCUCUUAUCGUUGCCGCAGAUCGGCUGAAGACUGAUGCAGCGGAGAUCAUUAUCAAGGCCUGUGAUACUAUGAUUAGAGUACAUGAGGCUCACAUCAUUCGCAUGCCUUCCGAGUACCAGAUUCUUUUUGUUUCUGUCCUUCGAAUGGGCCUGAAAGAAAUGCAGGGGCGUCCAUUUUAUGCUUCUGGGGAUCCGACGAGUCGGUAUAGACAAGUGUUCGAGCGAUAUAGCUGGGCAUCUGAAGGAAGGGGGUUGGCAGGCUAGAUUGUACCUGCUAAUUUGCUGCCUGGUGAUCAAACCGAGGUAAUGUUGGCAAGGAUUUCGUGUUCGGAUUGUACGAGCGAAUGUAGAUGAUGGAAGGAUAAGCGAAGGUGUCCGAUGUAAUUGUGGAAUGUUUACUUCUAGCUGAAUCUGUAGAACAGAAUCGUAC